GAGCUCAUCCUCACGAGCAAUUGCCCAUGCGCCGUCGUCUAGUCGGCGUGGUCAAUCAGGCAGAGUAUAAUCUAACAGUUGACGUCACCAGGUACGAUAGCCGACGAAAGGGGGUGCAAGCAGUGUGCAACCCCUCGAGCCCAACCAGACAGGACGGAAGGAAGAACAGAACAGAGAAACAAAAGACAACGAGCCAGGAGCAUAAGAUAGGAAUGAGGAAGGGAGRRAGGGAGGAAAGGUGGGUUACGAAAAAGGGAGGGAGGAACGAAGAAAACGAGGAAGAUGGAGGGAAUCGGCAGGUAAUAUGAUCCCUUAAAUGACAGAGCAAGGGAGAGGAAAAGAACCAGUAAAAAGAGGGAGAAGAGGAGGAAGGAGGGAGAGAAGAAAACGAGGGAGGAGAGCAGGAAGGAAGUAAGGAGAGAAGGAAUAAAGGAYUURAGAGAACUAGAGAGACCUGAAGACAUGGUGUUGACCCCUACUCCWGUCAGUGUACAUAGGUCCAUCGCCUCUGCGAUGCGCAAGCCCUCUUGUCCUGGCAGCAAUGGCGCGCGAUGCGUCGUGUUCGCUCUGCUUGGACAGAUAGCUUUGUCAAUUCUGGUCAUCAGACUCAUUUCUAUUGGCUCGGAGCGCUCGUACUAUGCAAUAGAACAAGGAGGUAGGUUUAGGAUCCGGGAGGCGACCCUGUCUUCCUCUGCCGCAGUGAUUGCGAAUGGACGACCAGGGGAAGGCCCAGGGGGAGAUAACAUGCAUGCUCGUCGUUCUGCCCUCAACGAAGGGCCACUCGUUGACGACUGCAUGGGCGCCUCCUCUCUUGACGAACUCCUCGAGUGUCGGUCUGUUAAUAACUCCGUCGUUCUCUCUCUCUCCACCUCUAGUUACGUGGAACUAGCCGUUAAUUGGGCGUGUCACUGGCAUCGCAUACAAUGGAGGAACACGAUUGUUCAGGCCGUUGAUCGAAGGACCUAUCGAAUGCUGCGAGAAAUGGGUGUCGAUGCCUUCUUCUUCGGYUACGAUGCCUUACUUACUCGUUUGCGAACCAACGGUCCAUGGGAGAAUCGGCUGCUGUCAGUUCUUAAUGCCAUUGGCGAUGGCGUUAGAGUGCCGUCUCUCGACGUGCUGGAAAGCGGCGAAGGACGACUUCCCCGUUCUCGUCGACGUGCAGGUAGUGAGCGUGGCGGCGAUGGCGACCGGAAGGGUGGCUAUGGCCGAGAAGAGGAGGUCCUGGACGAGAAGCUAGUAGGAGAUAACAAAGAAGGACGAGUAGAGGAUGAAGCACAGCGGGAGGAACGCUUCCUCCAAGUCUAUUACACUUUGUACAAGGCUUUGUUCGUAGAGAGAGUACUAAGCAAAGGUUACGACGUGUUUGUGUCCGAUCUCGACGCCGUGGUUCUGAGAGAUCCCAGUCUCUUUCUCGACUCCGGUCUCGAUCUCCAAGGUCUCACACAACCGUCCCUUUCUGGGUGUGAUCAGUUGCUGUCCGAUGCUUUUCUGUUCAUACGAGCGUCGACUGGUGCGACGACGCUGUGGAGGAAAGCUGUGCUCGAAUACGCGUGGAAAUCGUUGUCCAUGCGAAUUAAAUCAGACAGACCAGGUCCUUCGAAUGAAGAACUAAGAAGGAAUGGAACGGGGACAAGAACGUCAGUGUCAAGGUUGACUGGUGACUCAUCUGCUCAUGUCGCUGGUGCAAGAAUGSUGCUGAGCAGGGUUUUACCGUCAGCAUCUUCAAGCUGCUCAACAGCCUCCUCCUCCCCSUCCUCCUCCUCCUCCUCCUCCUCGUCCUCUGGCUCCAACUUGUUAUUGUCGCCACCUCGCUAUCGUCGCUCUCCUGAGUCUCCUCCAUCCUCUACACCACGUACUGACCAAGCACAACAUAAUGUYGAUGCCAGCGGGUCGGGGAGUGUGGAGACGGUAAGGAGGAAGCUAGCAGCAGCAAUGCCAUUAGCCGUUGUAGCAGAAAGGCCGGGUUUGGCUCCAGCGAAGCCGGCUUUCGCUCCGCAGACGACGGUUCGAUCCCUGUCGGAGCCAAGAAGAUUGGAUUCAGCAGCUGCUUCAAGCAAGAGCGAGAAAGGUAGGGAGGCGUCAACGUUGAUCCAGAACCCGGCAAUGGCACCGAGCGUCGGUGACAGGGAUAACAAGUCCAUAGCUGCAGCAGCGUAUUCGAAGACGUCGGGAAGCACUUCCGGACUGAGAACGGAGCAACGGCCGCCGGCAUUCGUGGCUACAAUAGGUGCAGGGACCGAGCCGCCUCCUGCCCUGCCUAAGCGUUGGAGGCGACAUCGGGCUUUGUCGAAAGUGAUUACGAAUGGGAAAUGGCAGCUGCCCAAGGAGUUGAGACGAAAGGCCACAGAAAACAAGGAAGAGUCGAUCGUUUCGAUGCACGGAGUGAGAUGGGGACGUUUGCGGUCGAAUCUGAGCACAAGCGGUCAGGACUUCUUCGUGGCGGAGAUUCCUCAGCAGAGAGGAGAAUGGCCGAUUGUGGUGCACGUGGACCAUGUUCGAGGGGCCGCGAUGAAGAGGGACCGGAUGGUCAGGGCAAGCCUGUGGGCCGUAGAUAGGGACCGACGCACCUGCACGCCGUUGGGAGCAGAAAUGCUGCCGCCGCCAAAAGAGCUUACCGAACCCCGGUUCAGAUUCAUUGUUUUGACCUUCGACCGACCCGACUCUCUGUCCGACCUGCUCGAUUCCCUGGCAGCCGCCGACUACACGGCCUUACCUCCAGACGUUCAUAGCGAUGGUAAUAGCGAUGGCGAUGGCGAUGGCGGCGACCACAGUCGUUCUCCAACCGGCACCAACUCUUUCAGAUCGCAGACGUUAUCAUCAAGAAGAAGAACAACAUUAUCUUCAUCGACAGCAGCAGGACGACGAAUGGGGGGAGGAGGAGGAGGAGGAGGAGAACCGGAAGCUGCUUUGCUGAAUGCAACAGUGGCGCUCGACAUUUUUCUGGACUAUCCUGUGGCGACGGUGCUAGAGGAUGAAGAAGGGGAAACAAUGCGGGCGUGGAAGGCUUGCCUGAGGUUGGCGGAGUCGUUCGUGUGGCCUUACGGUCCGAAACGAGUGAUUGCCAGGCAAGAGCACAUGGGAUUGAUUGGCCAGUGGGUGUCUGUCUGGACUCCAGAUCCUGACAGCGCCGAGAUAGCUGUGAUUAUGGAAGAUGAUCAUAUUGUGUCGACCAAGUUCUUCGCUUGGCUUCAAGCCGCUGUUCGUCAGUACUUCGUCCGUACGUACGACCCAAGACUGUACGGAAUUUCGAUGGAGUAUCAGCAUCAGAUUCUGGGCAGAAGCGUGUAUGGCAGACCGGUGUCGGAUUUCGUACCGAAUUCCACCGUCUUUUAUCGUGGCCAGCUGGUCAGUACAUGGUGUCCAGUCUUCUUCCCUCGGCACUGGGAUGCUUUCCUAAAAUGGCGAGCGGAGGUGAUCAAGGACCCGGCUUUCUUGCCGUUCUUCAGCGAUAUGAUGACUAACUACUUCCACACUCAUGGACAGGUAUGGAGCUCCUGGAUAACGAGGUUCGUGGGGGAGAGAGGGUAUUACUCUCUCAACACCAACUUCAAGGACCACCGGGGCUUGGUGGUCAACGUCAGAGCGAGGGGUGCUCAUUUCAAUGUGACCAAAGGACCCGCCUCUCCGAGUUACGAAGGUGACCUCGAGCCUUACAUGCUGAAUUUCCCUCCCAUCGAAAAGCUUCCGCUAUAUGAUUUCCAUAUGAACCUUGUCAGGGAUCACCCGUCUGUUCUAGAGGGCAGAGCGAACUACACGGACAUAUAUAAUGUCGACUUGAAUGAUGGCAGCAUGACGGAAUAACACCAGUUAGGAAAUGAAGAACAGCAAGUUAC